AUGGAUGAGAAUGACAACUGGCAAUACGAUCAGAUAGAACUCGGAGAGGAGACAAUGGAGGAGGACCAAGCUUGGCCUGGGAGAAGCUCCAUGUAA